AUGCACAUCGAGCAGGCAGGCUUUGCUGAGGGCCCCCCGCGCCCUGAUGACAUUGAAGAGGCCAAGGCAACUUCUGUCUUUGAGGCAAAUGCUGUUGGAUACAAGGAAUAUCGAGAGGGGCUUUCUAUCGAACUCACCAAACGAGAAGUAAUCGCUAAUCAUAUCCAGAACUCUCGGGUUCGUUGGAAGAUUGACCUUGUGGUUCUUCCGAUUUUCCUUGUGACGCAAGCUUUGCAGUUCAUGGAUAAGACGGCCUUGAACUACGCAAAUCUCUUCGGAUACCAGAAGACCCUCGGCCUCCAUGGUCAGCAGUUCAAUUAUCUCUCUGCCAUGGUCUAUGCAGGCUACUUUUUUGGCCAAUAUCCCUGUGGAUGGCUCGUGGGCCGAUUUCCAGCACAACGUGUUCUAGGACUGAGUUGUCUUCUAUGGGGCUUGAUGGUCAUUAUAAUGACUCAAUGCCGGACCUUUUCAAGCGCUCUCGCAGUUCGCUUCAUUAUGGGCUUGUUCGAGGCCGCUGUCACCCCCGGACUCACAUUGAUGACCGGUUUCUGGUAUACCCGCCAGGAGAUCCCUCUGCGCCAAUGCAUUUGGUACUCUGCCUUGGGCUGGGGCGGCAUCAUCGGCUCAUAUAUCUCCUUCGGUAUCAGCAAACUGCCUGUGGACUUUUCGCCCCCGCGUUGGGAGUUGCUGUUCUAUAUUCUUGGGGCUGCUACUUGUCUCUGGGCUGCGGUCAUCUUCUUUGUCCUGCCUGACUCCCCCUCCACCGCGUUCUUCUUGACCAAGCCGGAGCGCAUCAUCGCUAUCAAACGAGUGGCCGCUAACCAGACGGGUAUCAAGAACAAAUCGUUCGACACGCGCCAGGGGCUGGUCGCCCUGACGGACCCCAAAGCAAUCCUGAUCUUUAUCUCGGUAUUUGCCGCCGCUAUUCCAAACGGUGUUGUCAAUUCCUUCUCGACGAUUAUCAUCCAAGACAUGGGUUUCUCUACCACGAAAACUACUGAGCUAAAGUCCGUCGGAGAUGCAGUACUCAUCGUGGCGUUGAUGAUUGGCGGCACCAUAACGUUGAAUGUCCCGAAUAGCCGACUGCUCACAUCAACGGCUGCGAAUAUCUUGUGUACGGUGUCAGCUGCGUGCAUGGCCUAUCUCCCUCGAGAGAAAACGUGGUCUAGACUGGCUUGUUUCUGGCUGGUUAACACACAGUCGGUGGGAUUUACGAUCUCCCUGGUCACGAUCUCAUCCAACAUGGCCGGCUAUACCCACAGGGCUAUGGCAAAUGCUCUGGUGUUUACUGCCUAUUGCUGGGGUAAUUUUGCCGGGCCUUUUGUCGUGAAACCAUCCGAAGCGCCAGAAUACAAGGGCGCCACCAUCGGUCUGCUCGUCGGGUAUGCGAUCAAAGCAGGCUGCCAUCUGGGAUUGUUUGCCUAUAUGUUUCUGGUCAACCGCCAUCGGGAUUCCCACUACGGCCCUGCCGACAAGGCUCGCAGUGACGAAGCCGGUAUGCAGGAUCGCACGGAGUUUGAAAACAAGGAUUUCCGAUAUGUAUUAUAA